UUCUCUUUUUAAAAACCGUAAUCAGCCCACUCAGUGUGCCAUUCCAACCAAAAGAUGACCCCGGAUACGGCCUACCACCCCGUCCGCUCCUCCGAGCCCUCGGCCUCCUCAACCGAGAUCGAAGAGUCGCUAAUAGGAGAAAAGAGUGACUGGCACCCGCCACGAGCAUUGACACGGCGAGGUCGGGCGUGGGCGCUUCUACGCUCGAAUUGGUGGAUCGUAGAUACGUCACUUAUCCUCAUUAUUCUUGUCCUGGUUGCCGAGUCGCGGUGGCAUGGGUGGCAGAAGCAGCGGUACGAGUUUGCUGGCGAUGUGACGGGCUUCGCGCCCCGCUUCUCGCAACAAAUCACGAAGUUCGGCCGAGAUCUGUCCUUCGUCCCCGAAAACACGUCUGAGUUCUGGAGCGAUGCGGUGCAGGAGAAAUGGCUGAGUAUCGUUCCAAAGGGGCUCGGAUACGUUCACGUUGAGCAUCCAGCCGAAUAUGACAACCUCCCCACCCCUAUCCACGACUAUACCAACAUGACCGUCCUCACGACAUCGAUGCCGCAUCAGUUACAUUGCCUCUAUAACAUCCUCGCCGUCUACUCCGCUAUUACGUCAGAAAAUCCUAGGGAGCUGCCAACCGCGAUGACAUUCCAUCUGCAGCAUUGCUUUGAGUAUCUCCGGCUGAGCAUCAUGUGCUGUGGAGAUGUAGCACUGGAAGGAGCUGAGACGACGUUUCCAGAGGGCUUUAUGGGGAGCGAUGGAUGGGAUGCGCUGCAUGUUUGCAAAGACUAUGGGCAGAUUUAUGAGUAUCUGGAUCAGAAUAGAGCGAAUGAUAGGUUAUGGAUAUGAGUUUUAAAUUUCAAGAAGAGAUUGUGUGGGCAGGAAAACAGCGGCAUAUUCUAGGAGGGUUUGUUCUUUACCGUUAUUUUCAAAACAUUAUCUCCGCCAACAUACCAUUCCUUCGGACUUGCUGAAGAUUGGAUUUUAUAGACUCAGGCACGAGAAAUGAGCAAAAGAUAUUCCGGGCAAAAGUGAAAUCCAUCACGGGCAGCUGACAUUACUCCUGCGUCAGCUGUAUAACCGGAGAGUUAUUAAAACAAAUAG